CAUGCCCGGCUCCUCGGUGCCCCGGCGCGGCCCGGCCGCCGCCCCCGCCUCGCCGCCCCAGGUCUCGGUCUUCCCUUCCCCGCAGGAGCUGGGCUCGGCCUUGGCCCAGCUGGUGGGGCAGCGCGAGGCGCAGUCCGGGCCCGGCGGCCGCUUCUCGCUGGGCCUGUCCGGGGGCGGCCUGGUGCGGAUCCUGGCCCAGGAGCUGCCCGCCGUGGCCGCCGCCCCGGCCCGCUGGCUCGUGGCCUUCGUGGACGAGCGCCGCGUCCCCCUGGAGGACCCCGAGAGCAACUACGGCGCCUACAAGACUUACCUCUUCUCUAAAAUCGCCAUACCCGAGGACCAAAUUGUCGUGAUCAACCCGUCGUUACCUGUGGAAGAGGCAGCCGUGGAUUAUGCGGCGAAGCUGAAAGAGGCCUUUCAGGGUGAAGAUAUGCCUGUGUUUGACCUCUUGAUCUUGGGAGUCGGGCCGGAUGGACACACCUGCUCUCUCUUUCCGGAUCAUCCCCUCUUACAGGAGCGGGAGAAGAUCGUGGCCGCCAUCAGCGAUUCUCCAAAGCCGCCCCCUGAGCGGAUCACGCUGACCCUGCCGGUCCUGAAUGCAGCCCGGAGCGUGGUGUUCGUCGUCACUGGGGACAGCAAGGCUGCUGUGAUAAAGCGCAUCCUGGAAGGCAACGAGGAGAACCCCCUGCCGGCUGCCCUGGUCCAGCCUCACACCGGGAAGCUGUACUGGUUUUUGGAUGAGCCAGCUGCGAAGGAGUUGACUAUUCCCUUUGAGAAGCACUCCAUCUUGUAGGAGCUCACGUUCCGCCACCUUCUGGGUCGGGGGGAGUCCACCACGCGCGGGUUGCGGGUAGAGCCCGGCCCGUUAACAUUCCAGGUCACAGUCUCCACGUCUGGUCGUAGCGCUAAGGAGUGGCACUAAACUAACACUGUUUUCUUCUUCUCUCUCUCUUUCUCUCUCUUUAAUUUUGAGAAGUGGUACGUUUGUGGAGCACUGUGUUUUAACAAAUACGAUAAUUUCUUUCGCCGGGACAAAGUGUGUUCCGGGAACACUUGCGUUCAGCUGCUAGUAGUCACGGGAAUCGCAGGGAACGGCGUUACAGUCUUUUAUCAUGUGAACGGUCUAAUGUGGUGUCAAGUGAAUGCACAAUUAAAGAUGUAAAUUGCAA